CCCGAAGCGAUACGCGGCACGACACUGUCCACUACCUUCUCCCUUCCUCGUUAGAUGCAAGGUGAUGUUUAUUUUCAACAGUCGUCGGCAAGCAAUUUAAUGAUACUUCUGAGCUAUUCACAACUGGUUUAGUUCGUUUGUCUUCUCCGACAUGGCAAGUGAUGACUGUUUGUAUGAAUGCCGACCUUCGCCACAUUAUGGACGGCUAGAGUACUUCAACCAUCGAGUAUAGCCUCGGCGAGAUACUUAUGAAUAAAACGCAACCAUUCAAGUUGAAAGUAUCGUUCACACCCCCAAAUGUCCCCUCAAGUAAAGAGAUUAUUCACCAAACAUUUAAUGAGUGGGUCUUCACUGGGCUUAUUAUGUACGGGUUUCCAGUCGUGAAGGCAAUUUACUGGGCUGUUUCUUUCGCAGAGAUCGUUACCAUCGUGUCUCACACGACGGACUCUCUGUCCUUCAUACAAGCCAUUGCACAACACACAGUCGGUCACGGGAUUCGUGACACACCCAUUACUUUCUCUUUCAUCUUGGGCACCACACUUGCUGUCGUAGGGGGUCUCAUACGCUGGUGGUGUUUUCGCACCCUCGGUCGCUUUUUCACAUUCCAACUCAGUGUCCGCAAAGGACACCAUAUUGUCACGACAGGACCAUACGCUGUCAUACGCCAUCCAUCAUAUACAGCAGGUAUUAUACAGAUGACUGGCAUGGUAAUACUGCACGGAUCGCCCACUUCAUGGCUUAGACGCUCCGGAGUUUUAGAUUUUUUCGGACUCAAAUUAGCUGUGGUGGCAUGGCUUGCGGGGAUCACGCUUCUUGUGAUCAACAUCGUGUGUAGGGUCAGCGAAGAAGAUGAAGCACUGAAAUCGGCUUUCGGAGACGAGUGGGCGAGGUGGGCGAAGGUGGUCAGGUAUCGACUGAUACCUGGCAUCUACUGAACCCAUUGCACUUGACAUAUUGGUGUUUUGCGAUGGUUACAAGUACUUAUUCCCCGUUCAACCUUAGAUCUAGAUGACCUGCUCAUACGAGAAGACCGUCUCUCCCUUUCCUCGUCCGAAGUUGGAUUCAUUUCAAAGUUUCAUUCUACAAUAGCACUCAGUUUCUUUUUUAGUUGACGGUGACACUGGCAACUAGACUGUAGUGCAAUGGACUUUGUACAAAUUUUCUAUUAGUCUUUUUUUCUACUUUCUAUUUGUAAUCGCAUUUAUCAUGAUAUGCUCCUAGGUUAACCUGAUAUCUCAUAUAAGGC